AUGAAAGAUAAGAAUAUUAAUUCAACAUCUUUUAGUAUUUCUAAAGCAUCAAAAGCAAUAAAUUCAUAUCUUCAAUUAUUUCCAGAACAACAAUGGAAUGAAGUGAUAAAGAUAACCUUAUUAUUUGGUAUUGAUUGUAUACAAGAACAUUUUGCACUUUCAACACCCAGAAUCGACCAAUUAAGAAAUAUUAUAAUACACCCAGAAUCUUCACCAUUAGAUUCAAUAUUAACUAAAACACCUUUAAAAAAUAAUAUAAUUAAUAAUAAUCAAAACUUUAAUAAUAAAAUUAAUCAUCAACAUAAUCAUAAUUUUAAAUAUCAACAAGAUGAAAAUAAUAAUACUGAUGAUGAACAAGAACAAGAACAAGAACAACAACAGAAACAAAAUGAAAUUAUAAAUAAAAUAACAACACCAAUAAAAACACCAUCACCACCACCACCACCACAAACAUCACAAACAUCACAAACAUCGUCUACAUCUUUUUCAAUAAAAAGCAAUAAUAAAACUAAUAAUAAUAAUAAUAAUAAUAAUAAUAAUAAUAAUAAUAAUAAUAAUCCAUUUUCAACAAUUACACCAAUUCAUAAAAAUCAUCAAAAUUCUAUUUCCACAUCCUCAUCAAAACAACUACGUUCUUCUUUAAAGAAUACACCUUCAAAAUUUGCAUUUUUCACAAGUAGUACCUCUUCUGAAAAUAAUAAUAAUAAUAAUAAAAAUAUAAAUAACGGUAAUAAUAAUAACAAUAAUGAUGGUGGGGAUAUAAAUAGAAACGAUAGUAGUAGUAAUAAUAAUAACAAUACACAUAAUAGUACUUUAUUUAUUGAUGAUGAUGAUGGCGAUAAUAAUGACGAAAUAAAUGAUGAAAAUGAUAUAAAUAGUAAUAAUUUAACAUUCUCCUCAUCAACCAAAUCAAAGAAAAUUAAUAAUAAUAAUAAUAGUAUUGACAGUAAUAACACCAAUAUCAAUAAUAAUAAUAAUAACUAUAAUAAUAGUAUAAAUAAAUUAAGUGGUAGAGAAUCAAAAGUUGAAUUUAAUGAAGAUAGAAAUCAAUAUUCAAUUUAUAGUAGAGGUGAUACAAGUAGUAGUAAUAAUAGUGAUUUAAUAUUUGAGAAUAAUAAUAAUAAUAAUAGUAGUAUAUAUAAUGAAUCAGCAACUCAAGUGGAAAUAUUUUAUGAUAAAAAUGGUCAACCAAUUAAUCAUUUAUAUCAAGAGUUUCAAUUUCAACAACACCAAAAUGGUGAUCAAAACAACAAUAGCCAAUUUUUAGAUGAAUCAAUGCUAAAGAGUAAUAAUAGUAGUAAUAAUAACAAUAAUAAUAAAAAUAAUAACAAUAAUAAUAAUAAUAAUAAUAAUAAUAAUAAUAAUAAUAAUAAUAAUAGUAGUAGUAAUAGAAAUUCAUCUAUAAAUAAUGGUAAUAAUCAAUCAUCAUUAUUCUAUAAUAGUGCAAGUACGAAUCAAAACAAUAACAAUAAUAAUAUUACUACAAGUUUAAAUUAUAAAGUAAUUUCUUCACCUUUAAAGAAUUUAAAUUUAAAUCCAACAACUACAAAUGAACAAAUUAGCAAAUCUGUAAAUUUCGAUAGAAAUCAAAAUCAAAAAUCCCCAUUUUUAAAUAAUACUUCAAUGCCAAAUAUAAACUUUAAUGAACAAUCUCAACAACAAUCUCAAAAUCAAUACUAUCAACAACAACAACAACAACAACAACAACAAAGUAAUAAUAGUAUGAAUCAAUCAAUAAAUUAUAAAGAUAUAAAUCCAUCAUUUUUAUCAUCAACACCAUUAGAAUUUAAUGAUACAGUUGACACAAGUGGAAGUUCAUUAAAAUAUUCAACCUCUUCUAAUAAUAGUAAAGGUUUUAGUAAUAUUAGUAAUAAUUCAAAAAAGAUUUUUGAUAAAAGUAAUUUUAAUUUGGGUAGUAUGGGUAAUUCAAGUUUUGGUAUGAGUAAUUUUAACUCCACAAGUUUUGGUGCUAGUACUGGUGGUGCUAGUCAUUUAACUCAUACUUUUCAUAAUAAUGGUAAUAGUGAUGGUGAUGAUGAUCAAAGUAAUAAUAGUAACUCAUUAUUUUAUACACCAAGAAGUACACAUAUAAUGAAUAGUAUGAAUUCAAAUUUUAAUCAUCAUCAUAAUAAUAAUAAUCAACUUUUUAAUAAUAGUGGUAGUAAUAAACAAAUGGGUUUCCCAAUACCACCAAAUGCUGUACCAAUUCAUAAUCAUACUCAUCAUCACUAUCAUAAUGGUAAAGGAAAUAAUACUGAUCAAGAACUUGAAAUAAUUGAUUUAGAAGACCAACCAACAAGAUUUAAUAAUAAAAAUAAUAAUAAUAGUAAUGGUUUCACUUCAAAUAAAAGAUUUUAUAACCAACAUUAA